AUGCGACUGGCGCUUAGCACAGCUGUACUAUACGUAAUCGCCGAUACCUGCAAAAAUCCGUGGCGGCCUCCGCUCGCAGGCGACGCGGUGUCCAUACGCCAGGCGUCGUUCAGCUGGCACAGGCAGGAGCGCCUCGUACUGCAGGACGUGGACGUCCGCAUCGCUCAGGGCCAGCUGGUGGCCGUCGUCGGUCAGGUGGGCUCCGGCAAGACGUCCUUCCUGUCUGCCAUCCUCGGCGAGCUGCGCUGCGUCAAGGGCUCGAUCAACAGAAAGGGCAAAGUGGCGUACGUCGCCCAGCAGGCGUGGAUCCAGAACGCUACGGUGCGCCAGAACAUCCUUCUCAAGCGGCAACACCACGCGUGUUUCUACGAUCGCGUGGUACUGGCCUGCCAGCUGCAGACCGACCUCGCCGAGCUGCCCGCCGGAGACCAGACCGAACUGGGCAUGCGCGGAGUUAACCUCAGCGGCGGACAGAAGCAGCGCAUCAACCUCGCCAGGGCAGUGUACCAGAACGCGGAUCUGUACAUAAUGGAUGAUCCGCUGAGUGCCGUCGACGCUCAGGUGGGCUCAGCGCUUUUUCACGGCGUCAUCGGCCCCCGAGGACUGCUCAGAAAGAAGACUCGCGUGCUGGCCACCAACACGCUGUCGCUGCUGCCCCUGACCGACAUGGUGAUAGUGCUGCACGAAGGACGCGUCAAGGAGGUGCACCGCGCACCGUUUAACCAGCGGCUGUUCGACAAAGGCCUGGCACUCAACGCGCUCAUUUCUUCGCCACCAGCGUCGCAGCAGCACCCGCAGCAGCAUCACGGCGCCAUCGACAGCGGCGUCGCCAGGGCUCCGGUCAAGGUUCUGCAUGACGAGAAGUGA